AACAAACCAGCAGGGCACAAACACGCAGACCAUCAGUCACACAGGUGAUAACUCCAAGCAGUCACACUCACAGCCUACCCUCAGCAAUGCCCAACAGUUAAAGCAACAGGGUACAAACACGCAGACCAUCAGUCACACAGGUGAUAACUCCAAGCAGUCACACUCACAGCCUACCCUCAGCAAUGCCCAACAGUUAAAGCAACAGGGUACAAACACGCAGACCAUCAGUCACACAGGUGAUAACUCCAAGCAGUCACACUCACAGCCUACCCUCAGCAAUGCCCAACAGUUAAAGCAACAGGGUACAAACACGCAGACCAUCAGUCACACAGGUGAUAACUCCAAGCAGUCACACUCACAGCCUACCCUCAGCAAUGCCCAACAGUUAAAGCAACAGGGUACAAACACGCAGACCAUCAGUCACACAGGGCACAACAUAAAAGAAAAACACUCAAAACUGACACCACUCAUUUGCCAAUUUUGUAGCCAAGAGUUUAAAUGUAGGCAGUCGCUGUUUUCACACAAAAAAAGAAAGCACACUGAGGAAUUUCAAAAUACACACUCAGACACUAAUAAAAACUUUUGUACAAUAUGUUAUUACAAAUGUUCACAAAUACGAACAUUAAUACAACAUUACAACAUUCAACAUCAGCAUAACUUACAAAUACUCAAACACACAUUCCCAUCUGAGGAAGACUUUUUUGAGUGGAGAAAUAGGGUAGAAAAAGAAACAUCCACCCAGUUUUAUAAACCCUGUGGUUCAACCAUUAUUACCCGUAAUACAGAAACCAUUCAGUGUCAAAGGUUUUACUGUCACAGGUCUGGAAUACGUUCACAGUUAGAAGUUCGCAAGCGAGCACCAAAGUCUGUAGGUCUGUGCAGAAUGGGAAGAAACUGCACAGCUUACAUGACUGCUCUUAAAAAAAUAAACGAUGGGUCCGUCACGGUGGAAUACUGUUUGCAACAUACUGGCCACGACUUUAAACUGGGUCAUCUGAAAAUAUCAGCUGAAACUAGGGCACACAUCGCCGGAAAAUUAAAUCAAGGCGUUGAGCCUAAUAAGUUACUUUAUAACCUCAGAGAGAGUAUGACCGUUAUUAACAGAGACAGUUUAAUAAGACCACAAGAUUUACACAACAUACACAGACAAUUUAAUAUAUCCCGCACCGAAAAGCACAGAGAUGACAAGACUAGCGUAGAUUUAUGGGUGGAGGAAUUAAGUAAAGAGGACAACAAUCCAAUAAUUUUUUUCAAACAACAGACUAAUGAACAUAAAUUUUUGAAUAUUGAAGAUUAUUUAUUAGGUAUUCAAACAAAAUUUCAACAACAAAUGAUGAAAAAACAUGCGUCAAAAAUUAUACUCAUGGACUCAACACAUGGCACUACUCAAUAUGACUUUUACCUAACAACUAUUUUAGUAUUAGAUGAUUAUCGACAGUCUAUGCCCGUUGCCUGGGCAAUAUCUAACCGAGAAGAUUCCAACAUUUUAAAAAUUUUCAUGGAAGCUGUUUUAAUUAAUUGUGAUCAGUCAUUUGAAACUGAAUUUUUUAUGAGCGACCUUGCCAAUAACUUUUAUAAUGCCUGGUGCCAAGUUUUUCCCAAACCCAAAAAAAGAUUGUACUGUGAUUGGCAUUUAGAUAAAGCUUGGAGACAAAAAGCACAAGAGAUAAUAAAAGAUCAUGAAUUUGCAGAAAAGAUUUAUCAACAUAUCAAAGCAUUACAACAGCUACGUGACGAAUCAGAAUUCCGCAAGAGCCUUCAAGGAUUUUUGGCCUACAUAAAACCACGUUGUCCUACAUUUCAUACCUAUUUUGAUAAUACAUAUGUAAGUGAAGGCAAAAUCUCACAAUGGGCACAUUGCUUCCGCAUUGAUUCACCAACGAAUACUAACAUGCAUGCAGAAUCGUUUCACCGUGUUUUGAAAACAAACUAUUUCAACAGAAAACAAAACAGAAGAGUGGAUAAUUUGUUGGCCGUUCUGCUCAAAAUUGCCAAAGAUAAGGCAACUGCACAGUUGAUUACCAAGGAAAUGGGGACAGUGAGCUCCCACAUGAUAGAGAUAAGAAAGAGACACAGAGAAGGAGAAAACAUUACAGGCAUAAAAAGAAAUGCUGAAGAGGAUGAUGAAAUCAUUGAGUGGAGAGUUCCCUCUUCAUCUGUACCUAAUCAAAUGUAUAAUGUUACACAAAAUUCCGACAGACCUUGUGGCUGUAAAUUAAUAUGUGAUUUAUGCUCUGUUUGUGUGCAUAUGUACCAUUGCACUUGUGAAGAUUUCCAACGCAAAAAUAUCAUAUGUAAACAUAUACAUGCUGUUCACAUGGCAUUUAAUAGGGACAAGCAACAAACCCCUAAAGUUGAGCAACAACAUGAUGAACAAGAGACUGUUGACCAUCUUGAAUUUUAUAAAGAAGUAUUAUGCGAAAAUAAACCAGAAUCAAGUAAUAAUGUAGAUAAGCUAGUUUCAACGGGAAUGAGUAUUGCAAGUGAUUUAAUAGAUUUAUUACAAGACGCAAAAAAAGAUAAUGAUAUAAACACUUUACAAACUAUAGUACAACGAUUGAGAGAUGCUUAUCAAAUUGGAUGUGGGACAAGACAUCUUGUACUAGGGAAGACUUUUACCAAGAAAAAGACCUUUUCUUCUAACAAAAAAUUCGAAACACAGCGAAGAUUUUUUUCAACGAAACGAAAAUCCAGAAAAAUUUCUAAAUUAUCUUUGAAGAAACCAGAUUCUCUACUUAAAGUUAAAUUACAUGAUGAAUUAUCAAAAAUAUCUCCAGAUGUGUGUGCGAAAUGUUGGGAACAUGACGACAAAACUGAAAGUGAAGAUGUCAACUGGUUUGAAUGUGCAGAGUGUAACUGUUGGAUACAUGUUGCUUGUGAUGGUGAUUGUGAGGAUGGGGAAGGGGAAACAAGCUGCUCUCUUUGCAGAGCAAAUCGCAGCACAUAAUAAUAGUACUAAUAAUAUUAAUAAUAAUAAAAGCAUUGUGCUGUGCA